AGAGGCUCAUGGACGAGGCGGGCUCCCCGGCUCCUGCGGGGACAGGAGGUGACUGCUGUCCGCAGGUGCUGACCCUGGAAGAAGUACAAGCAAGACAUCUAGGAGACUGUCAAAAGAACAGGUUUUUGUACUGGUAUCAGCAGCAUCCAUGAACUUAGGUUGCAUGAUGACCUAUUCCAUCCUUGGACCAUUUUUCCCUAAGGAGGCAGAAAAGAAGGGGGCCAGCAACACCAUGAUCGGAAUGAUCUUCGGAUGCUACGCGUUAUUUGAAUUGCUGGCAUCUUUGGUGUUUGGAAAAUAUCUUGUACACAUUGGAGCCAAAUUUAUGUUUAUAGCAGGAAUGUUUGUCUCAGGAGGAGUUACAAUUCUCUUUGGUGUCUUGGAUCAGCUUCCAGAAGGACCGAUAUUUAUUGCCAUGUGUUUUCUGGUGAGAAUAGUAGAUGCCAUAGGCUUUGGUGCAGCCAUAACUGCCUCGUCUUCCAUCCUUGCAAAGGCUUUCCCAAAUAAUGUGGCUACAAUCAUGGGAAGUCUUGAGGUUUUUUCUGGACUGGGGCUGGUAGCAGGUCCCCCUUUGGGUGGCCUUUUGUAUCAAUCCUUUGGCUACGAGGUGCCCUUUAUUCUUCUAGGGUGCAUAGUUCUGCUGAUGAUACCACUCAACCUAUGCAUUUUGCCUAGUUAUGAGUCGGAUCCAGGAAAACAGUCCUUCUGGAAACUUGUCACCUUACCCAAGAUUGGUCUUAUAGCCUUCAUGAUCAUCUCUCUCAGCUCUUGUUUUGGCUUCCUGGACCCAACCCUGUCUCUCUUUGUCAAGGAGAAGUUCAGUUUAUCAACUGGAUAUGUGGGCCUGGUCUUCCUGGGUCUGUCUCUAUCCUACACCAUUUCCUCACCGCUGUUUGGUCUACUCAGUGAUAAGAGGCCUAAUCUAAGGAAAUGGUUUCUGGUUUUUGGAAACUUAAUCACAGCUGGGUGCUACAUGCUCUUAGGACCUGUACCCCUUCUGCACAUUAAAAGUCAACUCUGGCUUCUUGUGCUGGUGUUAGUUAUAAAUGGUGUCUCUGCUGGAAUGAGCAUCAUCCCGACCUUCCCAGAGAUGCUCAGUUGUGCAUAUGCAAAUGGGUUUGAAGAUGGAAUAAGUACACUGGGACUCGUAUCUGGUCUUUUUGGUGCCAUGUGGUCAGUUGGUGCUUUCAUGGGACCUAUCUUGGGAGGAUUUCUGUGUGAGAAAAUUGGUUUCGAGUGGGCAGCAGCUAUACAAGGUGUAUGGACUCUACUAAGUGGUGUUGUGAUGGCCUUAUUUUAUCUCUGGGAGGACUCAGCAACAAGAAGAAGAUCUAAAGCUCAGAACAUCCUUGGUACAGAGGAGGAAAGAGCUGUUCUCUUGCCCAAUGACACCUAACCUUGCAAGCUCUGGAUUGCUCCAGAUCAAGAGACAGGUGCCAUGAUGGUGAUUGCAGCCUGGAGAAGCUUCCUGUGUGCCACACAGAGAUCCGUGCUUCCUGCACUUGCACUUCCUGUAGUUCUGGAAAGCUGGCUCACCAAGGCAGCCCAUUGGAACAUCUAGGAGAAAGGGCGAACCAACAGAAGCCGGUGUUUCCAAAAGACCAACCUUGCCUGUCGGGUGUUUUUAUUGACCGCCUUUGCUUUCUUAUUCUUGUGUUCACUUUUCACUCCAAGUUCACAGAUGCUAUGAAUGUACCUCUUAAAAUCGAUAAAUGAGAAAAAUGAAGCUAUUUAAUUCACACUGAACAUAUAAAAUAAAAUGAAUAAUUUUAUGAAAUCAGUUUCAGAAGAUGGCCUUUCUCUCCACGGAAGUUUGUACUCAUCAAAAAGGCAAAAUUCCUGCCUACCAUAUAAAAACUCCAGAGCAUUAGCUUUCAGUUUUUCUAAAAGUGUUUGCAUGGCAUGUUCAAGAAAAAAUGAUUUAUGUACUUGGGUCCUGUGACAUUUCCUGUCAUGAUCUGGAUUUAUACACAUUAUUUGCAUAACAUUGUUUGUUUCUGAUCUUAGCACAUCUUUGUUUUAGUCCCAUGAUUUGUUUUCUUAUUGUGUUUACUACUCUUCAUACUCCUGGAAAAUGUGUUCUAUCACCAGGCUGGGCAACACCUACCUAUGCCCAGCCAAGCAAGAGCCGUGUUCUCCACAUGGAGAAGUACUCCAACUUCACAGAAAAUCCUUGUUGCUACUUGAAGUUAGAAUGUCAACUUUGUACCUCCUGAUUCAUUUUCAUAAUGUAGUAGCUACAUUUCCUUUAUAAUAAAAUAAUGAAUGAUUUUUGUUUGGC